AUGGCUCCAAUCUUGACAUUAUUUAUGCUUUUAGUGAGCUCCUUCAGAGUGUUUUCUCAAGAGCUUGAUACUGAUGACUCUUCUUUUCAUUCUCCAGAUGAAAGUUCAACACUUCGUCGCUUCCCUAAGGGUCGUCCACACUUUCCAUUCCCUAUUCACUUCCCAGAUCCCUUUCGUCGUAAGCAUCACCAUCAUAUUCCAAUUUUUCCUAUUCCAGAGCCACAUCACCAUGAUUCUCCAUCUCCUGCUCCAGCUCAUAGUACUCUUGUUGAGAAGAGUCAAACUCACUCUUUGAUUCCUGACUCACUAACCCAGUCCUCACACCAUCAUUCCCACCGCCGCCACCAUCACCACUCCCCAUCUCAUGCUCCUCUUCCUUUAGAGAAGACUCGAGAUCACCCUCCUAUUUACCAAUUGGCUCAUCCUCCACGUCAUCAUCAUCCCCACCGCCGCCACCACCACCACCACCACCACCACUCUCCAACCCCUACUCCUCUUCCUGUUAAGAAAGUUCCAAUUCACUCUCCUACUUAUAAACCAGCUCAUUCCCCACAUCAUCAUCACCACCACCAUUCUCCAGCUCCUGCUCAAUACCUUUGA